AUGCUGUUUGUGGACUUCAGCUCGGCGUUUAACACCAUCAUCCCAGAAGUCCUCUUCACCAAACUCAUCCAGCUCACUGUGCCUGUCUCCACCCGUCAGUGGAUCAAAAACUUCCUGACAGACAGGAAGCAGCAGGUGAGGCUGGGUAAAACAACAUCCAGCACCCGGUCAGUCAGCACUGGUGCACCUCAGGGAUGCGUGCUCUCCCCACUGCUCUUCUCUCUCUACACGAGCGACUGCACCUCAGGAGAACCAUCUGUUAAAAUCCUUAAAUUUGCAGACGACACUUCAGUCAUCGGCCUCAUCAGGGAUAAUGAUGAGUCUGCAUACAGGCAGGAAGUUGAACAACUGGCCCUGUGGUGCGGUCGAAACAACCUAGAGCUGAACACGCUCAAAACCGUGGAGAUGACAGUGGACUUCAGGAGGAGCCCCCCAGCACUGCACCCCAUCACCAUACUCAACAGUACUGUGUUGGCUGUGGAAUCGUUCAGGUUUCUGGGAUCCACAAUCUCCCGGGACCUGAAGUGGGAACCCAACAUAAAUAAAAUCAUCAAGAAGGCCCAGCAGAGGUUGUACUUCCUGCGCCAGCUUAGGAAGCUCAACCUGCCUCAGGAGCUGCUGAUCCUGUUUUAUACUGCUGUCAACGAGUCUGUUCUCUGCACAUCAAUAACUGUCUGGUUUGGAUCGGCCACCGAAUUGGAUAAGAACAGAAUCUCACGGACAGUCAGGUCUGCAGGAAAGAUCAUCGGUGCCAACCUGCCCACCAUCCAGGACCUGUACACCUCCAGAUCUCAGCUCAGAGUCCAGAGGAUGUCGAUAGAGUCCCCCCUGACGAGGCUGCGUCUCAGAGACAAGUGGCUCAUGUUCGGCACGAUCUUGCUGCUCGGAACUGUGGGGGUCUACCUUGGAAUGAUCGGUACUGAGGCAUGGAACGAUAACGCAAAGGAGCUAAGGAAAAGUGAAUUAAAUGUGCGGGUUUUGCAGGACCAACCAAACAACCUGGAGGAUUCAGCUGCAUGGACAACCAGCAAUACUCCACAACCCUGGAAAACAAAAUAUAAGGGACGGGCCAAUCUGCAUGCGUUUGAGGACUGGUGCGGCAAAUCUAUAGCUGAGCUCCGCAAGAACCCGCACUACCCGUUGUAUCCUCACUCCAGAAGUACAGUACUGAAGCUGGCCGUCAUUCCUAAGUGGACUAACUAUGGACUCAGGAUAUUUGGCUAUCUGCAUCCAUAUACUGACGGAGAGUUUGUUUUUGCUUUGAGCUCUCAAGACAACUCUGAGUUGUGGCUAAGCACAGACGACUCCCCCCUCAAUUUGGAGUUACUGGGAUGGGUUGGAAAGACUGGCACAGAGUGGACCGCCCCUGGCGAGUUUGAGAAAUAUGUUAGUCAGAUAUCCAGACCAGUGAGGCUUUCUGCAGAGAGGAAGUACUUUUUUGAACUUCUCCACAAGCAGGACCAUGAAGGGACAGACCAUGUGGAGGUGGCUUGGCAGCUCCAGGGUGAAGGCUCCAGAUUCACGGUUAUUGAAUCCAAGCACAUCUCUCUCUAUGUUGAUGAGUCUGCUAUGGUAGCAGGUGAUGUUGAACACAUACCUCAGACGGCUGCAAGCCACUCCAACACGAAACAAAGCAGCUCUACAGUUGACAUGCUGAGGGAAGACCCACGAGACGUUCUCUUCCAUGUGCCUCUGAUGAACAGCAAGUUCCUACAAGAUGUUUUGCCCGACUGCGAGUACAAACCCAGCUACACAUACAAAGGUUCUCAACUGGGCCGCUAUCAAGGACUAAAUUAUGUCAAAUCGUCCUUCAUCUACCCUAAUGACCAUACCCGACUCACACAAAUGGAGUCCGAGAAAAGCUGCUUCUACCAAGCCAACAUCUUGGAAAACUCCUACAUGAAUCUAGACAGUCCUGACCUGCACACAGACAGAAAUCAGAGCCUGAUGGGGGAGAAAUCGGGAGACUACUAUGAAACAGAUGAUGAGACUUUUGCUGAGAAAUUCCGGCAGGUACUCCGGUCCUUACCCGUGCAUGAAGACGACACAAAGCCUCAUCCUCAGAAGACCCAAAUUGUGAGUGAGGAGCAGAGGAUUGUAAAAAGAUCACUAAAGCUCCUGCAGGUAAAGAAUGAUGUCAACCAGCACUGGAGGCAGACCUUCCAGAUCAACAACGUGGACUAUCGGGCACAUAAUUCAGAUGCAAUGGAAAUGAGUUGCAAUAUUGCUGGCAGUCUGCUUAUUAACUCCAAUGAUGUUCUGCCAGUGGUCAAGGAUUUCAUGGACAAACUCAACAAAGAACAUGAAGGGCAGUUCACGUUGGUGCAAGUGGUUAACGUGGUGAAGCGUGUGGACCAUGCCAAAGGAAUCCGCUACCUCCUGGAGCUGCUGCUGAAGGACAUGAAGGGCCAAAUGCUGCGUCUGUCACAAUACGUCUACGCUACGACUCGCCAACCUGAGCCGGUGCUGUGUAACCCAGUGGCCUUCAGCUGGAAUCCUCUUGCCACCGUCCACAUCAUAGUUCCAGUGAAAAACCAGGCUCGGUGGGUGCACAAGCUGAUUACUGAAAUGGAGAAAGUGUUCAGAGAAUCUGGAGACACCAACUUCAACCUCAUUGUCACUGACUACGACAGCUCUGACAUGGACGUGGAGAAGGCUCUAAAGAAGUCGUCACUCCACAGGUACCAGUAUCUGAAGCUGAGAGGAAACUUCCAGCGCUCUGCUGGUCUGCAAGCAGGAAUCGACCUUAUAAAAGAUCCACACAGCAUAGUGUUUCUUUGUGACCUCCACCUCCAAUUCCCUACCUCCAUUAUCGACAGCAUCAGGAAACACUCUGUGGAGGGACACAUGGCCUUUGCUCCCAUAGUCUUGAGACUGGACUGUGGGUCAUCACCACUGGAGGCCAGAGGUUUCUGGGAGGUGCAAGGCUUCGGCCUGCUUGGAAUCUAUAAGUCUGAUCUGGAUGCAGUGGGAGGAAUGAACACCAGAGAAUUUACAGACCGCUGGGGAGGGGAAGACUGGGAGCUACUCGAUAGGAUCAUUAAGUCAAAACUGGAAGUGGAUAGGAUCUACUUGAGGAACUUCUUCCACUACUUUCACUCCAAACGUGGCAUGUGGAGCGAGCAGCUUUAG